AUGCUUUCACGCGGCACGAGCAGCGCUUCGCAACAGCCUCGACGAGCCAAAUCAACCCCAUCGAUCAGGCCUCGAUCAAUUAUUCCCACGUCACCCACCACAAACAAUGCCGAGACUACACAUCAGGAAGCUCUUACUGCUGCCAACCUUGCCUUCGAACGCGCGAAUGAGCGCGAGAUGGCCAAAAAAGCCCCCAAUGGGCAAGACACAACCUCCAUAGCGAACAAAGAUGCUGGGCCAAGGCUUGGGAGGAGGCAGAGUGUCCGUUUCGCAGGACCAACAGCUAUACCAUCACGGAAUCGCUCUAUCACUCGUAGAGAGGCCCCAGGCUCCAGGACAAGCCUCAAUCCUUACGAAAGCCAAUUGCAGUCCCGGUCUCGGAACAUCGAGCCCUCCAUCUACUCUGAUGAAAGAGCAUCGACCGCCUUAGCUCAGCCAAUUGGAGAAUUCGGCGAAAGCGAUAAUGCCUCUGUCCCCUCAUCGUACCGAAGGCUCCGAAAAGCGAAGUCGAUGUUUAGCCCCGGCAAGACUCCGUCUGCGGUCUUCGGUGAUGGUAUACCGUAUAGCAGGCGUCACUUUCAUCGUCAAUCACUCCAAUCUUCCGAUGCUUACCACGAGCCGCUCCAAGUGCCUGAUCCUCGCCUACGAAAGUCGAACUCCUUUUUCCGUGGUGUUACGGAUCGCAUAUCAACCAGUAGUCGGCAGUACGUCGCCAACGAUGCAGCUGUCCAGCUUGCCCGAGAUCAGUAUCUUCGUCAAUUAGAGCAACAGAGGUUGAAAGAGCAACCGUCGUUCCUUGGCCUUGGCAAUCGUCGCAAAUCCCAAAAAGGGUUCCGUAGGACUGUUCGUACCAGUAGCACCAACAGCUACGGUAGUGCAAUAGCGUCUCCAUUGGCGUCUGUGGAACCACCGAAGAAUAAAGAUCUUGGCCACAGAGCCAGGAACCUGUCCCAGACGAUCAAAAAGAAGUUCAAGCGGGUGUUCAAGCGACAUCCAGACGCCGAAGAUACGAUUCCCGUGCAGCAGAUCAAGGCAACCCACCCUCACUAUGGGGACUACAUCUCGACAUCCGAUGGCAAAGAGCAGCGUUAUCCACCUGUGCCGGAACCCGACGCUGAGCUCCUCCUUCGCGUGGGCUCUCGAGAAUCAGUAAUGUAUACUACGCCAAAUUUCGUUGACAAGGGUGCUCGCCCAGGUAGCAUCCGAAGCGCCCAUAGCGAUGACGACGAAAGCAACGGCAAAUCAAGGGUCACUAGUUGGACGGAUUCCACAGCUGCAAACACGAUCAACAUGCCGCAAACAUUAGAAAGGAAGCGCCUUUCAAUCAUAAAGGAAGAUGGAGGUCCACAUCAGCCAUCGUCUUCUGCUCGCCAGUAUGAGGAGGGCAACAAUGGGUAUGCAAGCUUCCGUCAACCAGUGAGGCAAAGUAGUGCAGGCCGUGUAAGUGGUCCAAUAGACCCGCAUAGGAUUUUCUCUGCGCUGCAAAAGAAGAUCGACGAAAACAACCGCGAGGCCGCUCUGGACGAUAGUGAGCCAGGGACCGAUAGCAGCUCCAGCCAUCACAAGGCUCGGCUGUCUACGCGAGCUCCCAGAAGAACAUCAAGCAUCCGCAAGGGCGCUAAAGCCAAAUCCAACUCUCGUUCAGGUUCUCGUGGGGCAAAGCAGCAAGGCUUUUCGGACUUAGGAAAGGGUCUCACACAAGAACGGAUUGCGGAGAUGAAUGAGCGUGGGAUUCAGCUACCAAAAAGACCCCUCCACGAAGUGAAAUCGGCGUUUUUCCCCCCAUCUAUGCGCAUCGAAAGAAGCAACCCAAGCCCAUACAGACGUGCAAUGCACGCAAGCAGUGAGACCGAAGCUGACUCUCAAAUCCGCAUCGAUUUUGAGGAUCGUCCGCAAUUGGAGGGCCCCUCGAGUGCUGUUACCGGCCGGCUACGCAAUGAUAGCGUCACUGGAUCGGACAGUGUCUAUUCUAGAUCCUCAGGUGGCGAUACACCGAAGGCAAAUAGAAGCUCGAUCUCGCUUGCCAUGUCCGAGAGCAGUGGUGAAGCUGGGACUGCUAUCAUCAUUACGGGUCAACCUGGCAAGAACGAGCGGUCAGCUCAUCCUGUCGUUAUCCAGCAUGGAUAUUCAUCCGAAGCGUCAAGUGGAAAUUGGAGGAAUUUUAUGGCUACGCAGGUGGCUUCCCUCGAAGACUAUGGGACGCGGCAGGAACAAACGUAUGACGCGCAUCCAGUCAAAGACAGCGGCCACAGAAGGGAAUAUGCACAGGUUGAUAGUAACGACGUAAACAUCGGUAGACUGCAGUCGCCAACUGAUAUCCUCAAGCAGCCUCUCGCGAUCAUCCAAGGCAACUCCAACCUUUUAAAAGCGUCGAAGCAUAAGGUUUCUCGCUCGCUGGAUAGGUCACCUCUUGUGAAUAUUCGCCAUUCAGCUAAUGCAGGUAACGUCCAACAAAACGAUAACGCUCCAUUGAGUAGAGCUUCUGAGAAUUCGCGUAAAAUUUCGAAAGUGGAGAGUGAGAGACGCUCUCUCAGUCGAGUCCACGAACCAUCCGGGGGCCUACGGCAGAAAAAUUCACACUCGUCUCUCAAAAUGCAGACAGAACAAAGGCACUCGCCUACCACAGCCAAUAUCCGGUAUAGCCCAGAAAGGGUAGAACGCCUUCGCCGGUUGAAAAGCAGUAGCGGCACGUCUUUGGGAAAGUGGUCACCUCGGAACGAAAAUCAAGCAUCUCGUCACACACCACCCGGCGAAAAGGACUACGAUUCGCACAGUCCUGCCCCAAGUUCAGACGUUCCCCAAACCCAAGCCGGGAACAACCACAAGUUGGUUGACAGCUUCUUGAAAGGUCGCAGGAGUGUGAUGAGAAUUAGUGAAGAGAGUGGCACUGAUCCUGCUUUUUUAUAG